AUGCAAAGUUUGUUGAUUGAUCGAUUGAAAGAGGAUGAUGGUUUGGUAUGUGAUGGGAAUUAUUUUCAUAUCCGUUGUGGAGCACAUAUUCUAAACUUGAUUGUGAAUGAAGGGUUAAAACAGAUUCGUGCUUCGAUAGAUAUAAUUAGGGAGUGGGUGAAAUAUGUCAAGGGUUCUGAAUCUCGAAUGAUUGUCUUUGAAGAUUGUGCCAAAAGAAGCAAUUGUUUAAGCUCGAAAGGGUUGUGGUUAGAUUGUCUGACUAGAUGGAACUCAACAUACAUGAUGCUUGAAAGGGCUGAGCUCUAUCGUCGUGCUUUUCAGCAUUUGAAUUUGGUUGAUAGAAACUUUGAUCGAUUUUCCGCAUAUGUGGAAUGGGAUAAGAUCACAAAAAUUAAGAGGAUUUUGAAACCGUUUAAUGACAUCACUAACCUAUUUUCUGGAGUUCAUUAUCCUACUUCAAACUUGUACUUCUGCUACGUAUGGAGGAUUCAGAUGCGGUUGAUGGAGGCAUCUAGAAGUAUGGAGAGUGAUAUUCGCAAUAUGGGUUUAGCAAUGAAGAAAAAAUUCGAUAAGUAUUGGGACUCCUAUAGUACGAUUCUCUCUAUGGCAGUGGUUUUUGAUCCACGAUACAAGUUCGAUUCUGUGUAUUUUUGUUAUGAGAAGUUGUACGGGGAUAAAGAAGUUGCUAAAGCAGAGUGUUCUGAGCUGAGAGGAAAGAUAUGUGAUCUACUGAAGGUGUAUGGUGAUCCUGCUGGUCAAUCUUCAUCACUUGCUGAGGAUAUUGCUGAAGAUGUGGACUAUUGUGAUGAUAUGGAUGAGUUAGAUUCAUUUGGAGAAAAUCAGUUCUUAGGCGAUAGAACACAAUUAGAUGAAUAUCUGGAUGAUAAGAGGCUCAAGCGCAAACAACCAUUGGAUGUCCUUCUCGGGUGGAAGAAUAAUGAAUCUAGAUUCCCAGAGCUUGCUCACUUGGCCAGAGAUGUUUUGAGCAUUCCUAUCACAACCGUAGCAUCAGAGUCGGCAUUCAGUAUGGGUGGUAGAGUUUUAAAUAGUUGGCGGAGCACUCUUUUACCUGAAAAUGCCGAAGCCUUAAUUACCACUCGUAAUUGGUUAUACGGAUUUCCAAGUGGUGAUGAUGAUAAUGGACUUGAGGUGAAGAUUUCGAAGACUUUUGGAGCAUCCUCAGUGGCCUCUGAUUGUACUCCUCUCUCAGAUGAAUGA